GGGACCCUCAUUGGGAUAGAGCUCCUGCUCAUCGACGAACAGGUAUAAGUUCUAAUCUUCAACUUUCAUUCCAUUGUAUUAUAAACCACCAUGCUUAACUUGAAUUAUUUCAACUCCUGCAGGGGACUGUGAUGCAAGGAUUCAUUUCCUCUUCUCGUGCUCCAACUUACACCCUUCAGAAUUUUUUGGCUGCCACAAGCAAGAAGAUUUACCGCGUCGCUGAUCAGAAUUUAACAAUUUCAUUCUCGAACGGCUCUGUUCUUGCUCCUCUCGACGACAUCCCCGUCUCCAUCUCUUUUCCAACCGACAGGUUCAGGUUCCACACACAUGAGGAUUUCCAAGCUCACCGUGGUCUCAGGGGCGAUCUCUACGAUGUCGUUGGCCACUUGAGGCUGGUGAAUGGUCAGUCUCUCAUUGACCGCCCCGUCCUUGACGAAGCCGAAGUAAUCAGCACGCGUCGUAUUUUGGUUCAUUUGCAAUCAAAAGAUGGACCUGUUACGAAGCUUUACCUUUGGGACCAGGCUGCAAAGGACUUUUACAAGAAAUUCACAUCCAGUGAAGACACUCCCACCAUUCUUUUGGUCACGACCGUUAACCCAAAAGUUAUAGCAGGUAAUUUAGCUCUCAGUUCGAUGGCCUCCUCCCGUGUCUUUAUAGACAAAGAUAUUCAGCCCACGAUUGAUUACUUCAGAUGGUUGGUUUCUAACCCAGAGAUUGCAAAGCGGGUAAAUGCAGAUGAGGUUACUAGGUCUGAGACAAUGAAAAUUGGGCAGAUCUAUGCUUACAUCAAGCAGGAAAAUGCCAAGGAAGCUUCUUUCGACUGCAUAGCAACAAUUGAUGAUGUUAAGCGUGACAGUACAUGGUACUAUAUUGGCUGCAGCGGUUGUCAAACAAAGGCCACCAGAGGUUCUUCUUCGUUAAUGUGCGCCAAGUGCGGCAAAACUAAUGUGUCUGGUGUAGCGAAGUAUCUCGCAAAGAUCUCUGUCUAUGACAAAAAUGACCAGGCUGUUUUUGUCCUACUUGGUGAUGCAGGAAGUGAGUUGACAGGAAAGCAUGCGGCAGAAUUGGUUAACAACUACUUUGAGGCUAAUCAAGACCUUGGUGCUGGCCAUCAGAUGCCUGUCCCCCAAGCAUUAAUCAACACCAUUGGCCAAACACAUAAGUUCAGGGUCAAGGUGUCUAAGCUCAACUUGACAGGCAAGAUUCAGGCCAUAACCGUUACGAAGAUUGUCUCACCAGAGGUUCUGCCACCUGUGCCAACUCCAACUGAAAUCUCACAUGAUGUGGAAGAUGAAGUUGCCUUGCCUUCUGCAAUUGUCAUUGAUGGCUCUGGAUUCAAAGCUGAUGAUGCGGACGGAAGUACCAGCAGCAGGGAUGAAUCACGCAAGGCUAAGCGUCCUAAACAUGGCAAAUAUAAUUUAUGCCACUCAUUUCAUACAUGCUAA